CGUGUACUGUAAUUUGAAUAGGCUAAUUGUAGUGUGUGUAGUGUUGUGUACUGUAAGUGUACAGUAAGUAGGUUAAAAUUGUAGUGCAGUUUAGUGUAGUGUGAUAAGGCUAAGUUUGUAAUGUUAUGUAUGUGUAAUUAGGUUACAUUUGUGCUGUAGUGUUGUAUUGUGUACUGUAGUUUGCCCACUGACAAAAAAAAUGAUCAGUCUAUAAUUUUAAUGGUAGGUUUAUUUUAACAGUGAGAGACAGAAUAACAACAAAAAAUCCAGAAAAAUGCAUUUCAAAAAAGUUAUAAAUUGAUUUGCAUUUUAACGAGUGACCACAGUAUUUGAUAUUUGGUCAGACGUUUAUUGAAGUUGGCCACCAGGUUUGCAUACAUGACAGGAGGGAUUUUGUCAACUUCCUCUUUGCAGAUCCUCUUCAAGUCUUUAAGGUUUCGAGGCUGACAUUUGGAAACUCCAUGCACCUUUAGCUCCCCCCACAGAUUUUCUAUGAAAUUAAGGUCUAAAGACUAGGCUAGGCCAUUCCAGGACCGUAAUGUGCUUCUUCUUGAGCAACUCCUUUGUUGCCUUGGCUAUGAGUUUAGGGCCAUUGUCAUGCUGGACUACUCAUUCACAACCCAUUUUUAAUGCCCUCGCUGAGGGAAGUAGGUUAUCACGCAAGAUUUCAUGAUAGUGAAGUUGUCCUGCCCUCUUAGCAGAAAAAUACCCCAAAAUCAUUAUGUUUCCACCUCCAUGUUUGAUGGUCUUGAUGGUGUUCUUGGGGUUAUAGGCAACAUGGUGAGUUGAGUUGAUGCCAAAGAGCUCGAUUUUGGUCUCAUCUGACCACAACACUUUUACCCAGUUCUCCACUGAAUCAUUCAGAUGUUCAUUGGUAAAAUCAGUACAUUAACGUUAAUUUAAUUGGUUGUAAUAGUCUUAACAAACAAGACCAACCCACAAACACAGACAUGCACAUGGUUGUGUACUUUCCCCUUAACCACCAAGAAGUGGUAUUAUUUUACCCAGCAUGAUUCUCAAUGAAGGGUCUGACUUCUGUGGUUGAGUGAGGGGAAAGUAGGGGCAAAGGGUUGUGACCUAGUUGAGAAAUCAAUCAAUUCCUUGAUGAUGAAAUGUUCACUAUUUUUUGGAUAUUUGUGGAAAGAUUUUCGUUUAGGUAGCCAUAAACAGGAGGUUUAUGUGGAGAUUGUUUUCAGCUCACCAUCACCCCCCAGAACUGAUGCUUGAUGGGUGUUUUGUUUUGCACAGCAUUCUGUGUAACCUUUAAAAGACUGUAGUGUCAGCAGUUUCUGAAUCUAGUCUGAUACUAACAACCAUACCAUGGACAACGUCACCAGGUUCAUGUUUUGUAUCCUUCUUAUACGUGCCUGUGAAUGACUUGUUAUGCAGUAAUUACUAUACAAUCCAGGAGCACCAUGAAGAACAAUUUAACUUUAACUUUCGUGCCAAAGUCUGGAAAAGGAUCUAUUUGUAGAAAACCGUAGACUUCUCACUAUGAGUCUUCUAUACACAACUGCCAAUAGAAUGGCCUCCAUCUUUGUGGUUAGGAAAAGAGAACAUUGCACCAUGACCUAGAAAACCAGGAAACCAAACAUAUCAUGAAGAUGCUGAUAUGAUCGCUGGGUGAUUUUAUGCCCACAAAUUAAGUAUAAGAUGAUAUCGAUCAAAAUUGUGACGGUGGUGCUGUAGAUGCUGUAGAUCAUCUUAUUUGUUCCUGUGAAUAUAAACUGGUAGCUUGUCACGAGACGUUCAUACCAGUGAAGAUACCCUCAGCUGGCAAGAUGAAGAUGGUAUCAGCUGCCUUGCUUCUGCUACUUUUGCUCACUGUGCCUCCAAAACAAGGUUCUGAAGCAUUUCCAGUGUCUUGCUGUUUAAAACUCUGUGACAUCAAAGUACGGAAAGAGUUGCUCAAAGGCUACAGCCUACAAGACAAACCCUUAUGUCCAGUGAAGGCUGUGAGAUUUGUCACAAACAAUGACCUCACAAUCUGCUUGGACCCGUCUACACUUUGGGCAGUUAAAACCAUGGCCUUUUUGAACAACAAAGGCACCCUACAAGGGAAUAUCACAACCCCCAAUAAUAAUAACAAAACGUUAUCUUAUAUUUAAUCAAAGUCUCACUUGUACUGAACAUCACUGUGUUCAAACAUUUGAUUAUCAAUUUUGAGUAGCGUUAAGUAGCAUUAAGUGGCGACUUUGUAUUCUUCAUUCUUUUGUAUUCUUUGUGAAGGAUAUAUACUAUGUCAAAUUUUCAUCUUUUCCAAUCUUGGUAAUUUAUCAACUGACAAUAAAGUUUGAUUUUUCAAUUUCUGAA